ACGCGUAAAAGUGCUUGGAUGCCAGUCGUCCGCGUGACGUUACAUGGAAAUAUUUUCCAGAUGCGCGCAGAGCAGUGGCGCAGAAUCCCCUAUUUUUGGCUAUUUCGGAAGUUCUACGCUUGCACAAUAGUUAGAUUUCUUUAGGUCGCCUGUAGUAAUAAGAAAUCAUGUUGAAUUAUGAAGACGGAUUUCAGGACGAAUUGGAAGGGGUCCGCCAACCUCGCUGCGUAAAGUAAACUGCGUUUGGUUUGUUCAGCUCUUCAGUCCUUUUCAGAGACCAAAAUGAGGGCAAUGCAUGCCAUUCUAAUAAUUUUCAUCUGCCUUCACUAUAGUUGGGGUAAGAAGAUGCGCUGGUGCACGGUGUCUGAGCAGGAGCAGAAGAAGUGUGCUGAGCUGGCCAAGGCCCUGGUGGCAGUGUUGCCUCCUGCUGCUGUGGCAGCAUUCGCAAGGCUCUCCUGUGUCCUUGCCUACAGCACCACCGACUGCAUCAACAAGAUCAGGGCUAACCGUGCUGACAUAGUAACAUUGGAUGCAGGGGAAGUCUACACUGCAGUGAAGCAGUUUGGCCUCACUGCCAUUGCCAAGGAGAUCUACAGUGACGGAGGCUGUAUUCUGUCGGUGGCGGUGGUGAGGAACCGCACCCUGGACGUGCGCUCCCUGCAGGGCCAGAGAAGCUGUCAUACUGGGGCCCGCUGGACGGCAGGCUGGAGUCUACCCUUGGGCUUCCUGCUGUCCCGCAACUACCUGACCUGGGCAGAGGAGCAGCCACUCAGUCAGGCGGUCAGUGCCUUCUUCAAUGCCAGUUGUGUUCCUGGGGCGGCGGCCAUAGCACCCGUCCUGUGUACCCUGUGUCAGGGUCAGAAGUCCUACAUCGCCCAGCGCAACUUCCACUGUGAGACGGCACAUGGCGAACCCUUCUACAACAGCCAGGGGGCGCUCAGGUGUCUCAAGACUGGGGCAGGGGAUGUUGCUUUUGUGGACCAUACAGCCCUGGAGGGCAUUGAAGAGAGUGAGAGGGAGGAUUACCAACUGCUGUGUACUGAUGGUACCCGUGCGCCACUAAGCCACUAUGGGAGCUGCAACCUGGGAAGGGGACCAGGACAGGGCAUGGUCACUCGACUCAGUGUUCGUAAGAUCGCACGCAAGUUCCUGGCGGCAGCACAGAUGGCGUUUGGCCGGCGGGGUCGAGAGAGGCAACGUUUCCAGCUCUUUAACUCUGCUCCGUUCGGCGCCGCUGAUCUGCUCUUCAAGGAUGUCACAGAGAAGCUGUCCAUUCUAGAGGAUAACAAGGACAUCAGUCAGGUGCUGGGGCUGGACUAUGUGGCUCUCCUCAAAGGCCUUGGACAUGAAGGAAGCUCAUUGGAGGACAGUGUUGUGCGUUGGUGCUGCAUUAGCCAUGCAGAACAGAAGAAAUGUGAGCAGUGGGCUCUCAGCAUUAAGUCAGACCCAUUGGUGUGUGUUAGAGCCAUCUCCAUGAGCGACUGUGUCGAGAAGAUUAAGAGAGAUGAGGUGGAUGCGGUCUCGCUGGACGCCACACACGCAUUCAUCGCUGGGAAAUGUGGCCUUGUCCCCGUGGUAACAGAGUAUUAUGGGAAGACGUGCGUACCGGCUGAGGGAGAAGCUGAAAAAGCAAGCCAUUUAGAGACGGAUGUGUUGCCGUCCGUCGUUGGUGUGGCGGUCGUGAAGCGCUCCACCAGGGGUGUGUUCUUUGGGAACUUUGGGGGCAGGCGCUCCUGCCACGGCCACAUGUACAGCCCUGCAGGCUGGCUUCUGCCCUUUAGACACACCCUCAGCCUGGAACACAACAACACCUCUCCCUGCGAACCAAACCAAGUGUACAACGAGGUGUUCUGGAAGGGCUGUCUCCCUGGUUCUCAGGGAAACCUCUGUAAAGUGUGUAUGGGGGGCACUGGGGAGGCUGCCACCAAACGCUGUGCAGACAACCACAACGAGCGUUACUACGGCAACAUGGGGGCUUUGAGGUGCCUGGUAGGAGAUGCCAGUGGGAAGAGCUAUGGAGAUGUGGCCUUUGUUGAGCAGCACAAUCUAGAGAGCAACAUCCUCAGUCUGAGCCCCAGUGGGUGGGCGGAUGGGUGGCUGUCCUGGGACUUUGAGCUUUUGUGUGGGGAUGGCCGGCGGGAACCUUUAUCUGAAUGGGAGAACUGUAACCUAGGAUCCAUCCCACCCAACAUCAUCAUGACAAGACCUGUGCUCACUUCUCGCGUCUACGACUUCCUCAUGAAGUCACAGGAGACUCUGGCAUCCAACCCAGACACAGAAUUCCGUCUGUUUCAGUCCCAGCAGUAUGGAGAGAGUGAUCUGCUGUUUAAAGACACCACUCAGUGCCUCAUCCACACCAGUCACCUGGACUACCGCACCAUACUUGGAGAUGAGUUCUACAGACUAGCAGAGACUGUCUUCAACUGCACACACUCAGACAUCUUGGAAUUUUGCAACCAGGACGUGUGCAGCAUAUUUUGAGCAACAGAGAGAAGAGAAAUCACAUGUUUCACAUUGACCUAUUGUGGAGGCCCAAACCAAAAUGCCAAAAUGUUUGCCAAAAUGUAAUAUUGUUUCUUGCUUCUUGUAAUUCCUCAGUCCACACCCACCUGAAUGUUAAAAAUAUAUAUAGAAUUGUCAGAUACAUUUCAAUGAAAGCUUCUGUUUCUUUUCAGCAAUAUGUCAUUUUUCAAACUUUUGGUAAUGUGCGCAGGGGUUCCAAAAGUAGGGUCUGUAGCAAAAUCUUUAAAUAUUAAAACAAAUAUUUUUUAUUUUUUGAAAAAUUACUAGCAACAACAAAUUAAAGGAUUUUGGACAAGGGAUCCGUGGAAAAAGUUGAAGUUACAAUACAAUGUCAUGUUCUUAGCCCUUAUAUGCACAACAUGGGCCUGUGAGGCUCACAGAUUGGUCUAAACAAUAUUCCAUCAAUGAUCUUGUUCAACAGAAUUCUUCUUCUAUUCCCCCAAAAUUUGGUUUUGAACACAGUGCAUUAUUUUAAUAUUGCAAAAUGUGUAGAAUUGCAAGAAAUUAGCUUUAAAACGGAAUGGUAUUGCCAAGGUCUGGACAUGCACUGUUUUAGUCAACGUAAAACUAUUUGUAUGCUAUUUUUAAUGCCGUCUACAGUAGGAGUUGUAUUCUGAUGAGGGCGACUGAUGCAUUUUGCUGACACGAAAUGGGUCCCCGACGCAAACAAAGUUUGGGAACCCCCUUGUGUACCACACACUGAGCUAUGAACGGUAGUACGUUGGUAAAUUCCAGACUACAAGUCCCAGCGUGCAUAGCGGCGGCUGCCGUUCUUCGUUACACUGGUAUUUCCUGUCGCUCUUUUUCGUAAGAGUUGGCUGCCUGCUACAUUGUCGGCUGUUUAUUCAAUCAAACGUGUACCUCGUGCCAUUGUAAGGUACGUUACAUGACGCUGAAUUGUAUUACUACUUACAAUGUCUAAUUCAUGCCUUUUUGUGAUUCUAUGCUUCUUGUCGUAUUUACUCCACGUAACCUUGUUACUGAUGACAGGAGUUCAAAUGAUGAGCCAGAACUUGUAAACAUACACAAAUCAGCCUUGACAAAAAGUCGAAUACCGUAAAAGACUAAAUGAACAAUGACUGUGUCAGAUAAAGGUAGAUACAUAUAAUUAUUGCUUGGUGACCAUAAUUAUAUUAUUUUUAAUAAAAGAUGUGACAAGCUUGCGAGGAGGCA